AUGUCCACAAGCAACGGCAGCGCCUCCGCCAACGGCGCACCCCUCACCCAACAAUACUCGGCCAGCAAAUCUGCCAUGGCUGCCAUCUUCGGCCCGGGCCACAGAUACAAUAAAGAGGAGCCAACGAAACCCCAGCAGUCUGGCGCAGAGCCACCCUCGGGCAUCCAAGGCAAGGGCACCGUCAACGAGCCCUUUGACCAGGGCAACGCGCCUGAGAAUCUCGCCGGCAAUACACCCGCCCAGUCGACAGAAGAGCCGAUAAGCGGCGCACAGGGUAAAGGCACUGUGGACGAGCCGUACGACCAGGGGAAUAAGGAUGAAACCACCGCCGGCGACCAACCCGUCAACACCACAAUCCAAUCUCCCCCACCAACAACAAACACCGAAACCGCAACGACCACCACCGCGCAGACAAACGGCACCACCACCAGCCAGUCCCAGCCAGCCCCAACUUCCUCAUCAUCAUCACAGCCCGCCGCCGCCGCCGCUGCCGCGGGCGGCGACAGCACCCGCGGCCGAACCCUAGCCCCACCCUCCAACACGCAGCGACAAGAACGCAGCGUCUCGCCCGGCACGCUGGACGACGGCACGCACGAGCUCUGUGGCGGCGAGAAGGGCGAGAACUACGAGCCCUCCCGUGGUCUGGGGAGGCUGGCGAACAAGUUGGGGAAUCAGUUCAAAUCGAAGACCUGA